GCGACGUAACUGCUGCUGAGUCAGUGGCAACGCUUUGAGCUCUCAAGGAUGCCUCAUGGUGCAGGACCACGGGGAGUUCCAGAUGGUUCUUACGGCAGCAUUGGCUCACAAGUUAUUCGGCAGGUUUCAAAAAGUGGCAACCUCAAUUUCGACAGCUUUUCCGGUAUACGUAGUGAGCAUAUUUUCAUAACAACCGCUGUUAUAGUUUUCUGCCUCCUUCCUGCCGUUUUGGUCAUCCGAUUCGUUUACUAUGGUGCAUCUAUCCGAGUUAUGGCUCCUCAAGACCAAAUUCCACUCGCAACGUCGACCUACUUCUGCGAGGGUGUUCAAGCCCAAGACAAGUACGACUACGGUUUUAUCUACCUCUACGUUUUCCCUCACACUCCACCUCUCACUCUAUGGCAAAAAUUCAACGUGAACAAAAAGUUUACAGUCACUGCGAACGAUUACAAGUACUGGUCUUUCUACAUGAAUCACGGCUCCCAAGUCAAUGUGUCAGUAUGUGCUCAGCCGAGCCUACGUCUGCACGUGUUGAACGGAAAAGACAAUUUUGACAAGUGGAAGAAGCACGAUAAGUAUGACAGUGUUUCAUACUCCUAUUACUCUGGUCCAUGUUUGGAUGGCAUAAACGGUUUCAGUUCCAUUCGUGUCGGAUCUGAAGGUGAAUAUUACUUUGUGUUUGAGAGCGAGAUAUCGGUGCAGACGGAUAUGACACUGGCUUUCAAUCGCACCAUGUACAGCGUCUCGGCCGUGUCGGGAAAAAUGUGUCAUGCUAACCCGACUUGUUCGCUGCCGCUUAGCUACGGGUCGAGUCAGUUUAUCUUGAUAGUUACAAACGGCACCGUUCAGUCGGAUGAGAAUGUUGACAGUCAUUGGGCGUGUAUUUCACGUGACUGGUUCCUCGGCGUCAUUUUCGUUUCUGUAGUAUUGCUCGUGGUGGCUAUCGGAAUUGUGUUAGGAUGCUGCAUCGAGCAUGGUCACCAAAAAAGAAUGUAAUUUUUAGAAAUUGCUGGUAACGCGUCUCUAGUAGUGGACGUUGAUUGUGACACGGUGUUUGUAUUUUAUAGACAUGCCGUCUACUUGUUAUACAUUUUGAUUAGCAUUUAUCAUAUGCAGACCGUCGCAAAAUUGUAGAGCCACUCUCUACUCGUGACUAUACCAUGCAGAAGUUUUCCAGGAUAAUUUACCGAUUAAACCUUAUAAACAACGUCUAACAAAUAGGCCGUGUGAUAUAGUAAGAAAAGAACAAGAACGUGACAAAUUUUGUUUGAGAAAACUUCAAAAGUCAUUGCGUUACGAAGCAAAAUGCAAACGGCGUUUGCGUGGGCGUCUGCACAGUUUAGCAGAAUAACCUUUCUAGACUGUUUUGGCGUUUAAAAAGCCAGUUAUUUAUGAAACGUUUCU